AUCGCUGCAGUUUAUGAACAUGCCGUUAUACUUCCAGAAGACACAGUGAUACCCGUUUCAGCACAGGAGGCCCUAAACCUAAUGAAUAAAAACAUGGAUAUUCUAGAAAAGGCAGUGAAGGCUGCAGCUAAACAGGGUGCUCAUAUUAUUGUCACACCCGAAGAUGGCAUCUAUGGUUGGAGAUUUACUAGAAAAACAAUUAAACCUUAUCUUGAAGAUAUCCCAGAUCCCAGUGUCAACUGGAUUCCAUGUGCUGAUCCUGAAAGGUAUGGUCCAGCACCAGUGCAGACAAGGCUGAGCUGUAUGGCAAAACAUAACUCUAUUUACGUGGUUGCAAAUAUUGGAGAUAAAAAGUUGUGUAAUAUCUCUGAUGCUGGAUGCCCAUAUGAUGGUCAGUAUAAUUAUAACACUGCUGUUGUGUACGACUCUCAAGGGAAGUUGAUAGCACGUUACCACAAGUAUAACUUGUUCCUUGGGGAAGUCCAAUUCAACGUGCCUAGUGAACCUGAGCUUGUAAAAUUUGAUACUCCCUUUGGAAAAUUUGGCAUUUUCAUUUGCUUUGAUAUACUGUUUUAUAACCCAGCCAUUGCUCUGGUAGUCGAGCACGAUGUAGACACUAUUUUGUUCCCUACUGCAUGGAUGAAUCUUCUCCCUCAUCUGACUGCUGUAGAAUUCCACUCUGCAUGGGCCAUGGGAAUGGGUGUAAACCUGCUGUCUGCAAAUACACAUAACACUAGCAAUAGGAUGACAGGCAGUGGAAUCUUUUCCCCAGAUAAAGUUGUACCAUACUUCUAUAAUAUGGAAAAUGAGGAAGGCCAUCUGCUUAUCUCUGAACUGAACUCCCAUCCAAGGAAUAUUUCGACAUACUCCCCUAAAGAAUGGAACUUGCAUGCCUCUAUGAUUGAAAAUUAUUCUUCUGGCGGCAAUGUUUUUAAUGGAUACCUCUUUGAGGAUGAAUACACUUUCACAGAGCUCACAGACCUAGAGGGGAAAUACACAGUGUGUCAAAAUCAACUGUGCUGUCACUUAGAUUUUAAAAUGGCAGACAAACACAAGAGUGAUAUUUACGUAUUGGGUGUUUUCGAUGGCCUACAUGUGGUUGAAGGGGAAUACUAUCUACAGGUAUGCACAUUAUUGAAAUGUCAAAGUACAGAUAUUAAAUCAUGUGGAGAAUCUGUUGAGCAAGCGUCAACUAGAUUCAAAUCAUUUUCUCUCAGUGGCAAUUUCUCCACUUCCUAUGUCUUCCCAGAAGUUUUGUUGACUCAAAUUAAUUUGGCUCCUGACAUGUUUCAGGUAUUAAAUAAUGGACAGCUUAUAAGUAAAGCUGGCAUUUCUUCACAUCCUCUAUUAAGUGCAACACUGUUUGGAAGAUGGUAUGAACAAGACCCACCUGGAAAGUGA